AUGUCGCCCGGCGUCAACUAUGUGACAUAUAAGGCUGAUUGUGCGCAUUCGACGACAAUCCAGGUGAAUCCAACGAAUUUAUCGACAAUCAUCGCCGGUGAAUGCUAUCCGUUUCAGGAUGGAUCGGCGCCCGUUAAACGAUAUUUCAAUUGCUAUUGCAACGAUAGGGAUUACUGUAAUUCGGCUCAAUUGGCUCCGCCCAUUGCUCUAAUUGUUGUGUCGGUCUCGCUGGUUUUGAAGUGCAUUCAAUAA